AUGACAUCCAACGGCUUCGUCGCCAGCGACCUGGCCGACACGGCGCAGCUGCCCAUCUUCGACGUCCAGCACGUGCAGCUGCAGUUCUCGAUCGCUGCCGACUUUGUCGCCUCCCAGGUGGCCAACGAUGUCCUUAUCCUGGCGCUGUCGAAUGGCAGGAUACUACGGAUAGACCUUGAGCGGCCGGAGGAUAUAGAUGACAUCGACCUACCCAAGAAGCCCUCGGAGAUAGGCGUCAUCCGCCGCAUGUUCCUCGAUCCGACUGCCUCGCACCUAAUCAUAUGCACAUCGCUCGGCGACAAUUAUUACCUACAUUCUCAGUCCCGCCAGCCUCGCGCUCUGGCCCGCCUCCGAGGAGUUUCCAUAGAGUGCAUCGCUUGGAACCCAGCACUGCCCACCGCCUCAACGAGGGAGAUACUGAUCGGUGCGAGCGACGGUAACAUCUACGAGGCGUACAUUGAGACGGCAAACGAGUUCUACCGCAAAGAGGAAAAGUUCUUGAAGGUGCUACAGAAACUGCCCGAUGGCCCUGUUACGGGCUUGUGGGUGGACGUUCUGCCCGGCAGAGCGGAGUCGCGGAGGGUGAUGGUGGCCACACAGACGAGGCUCUUCCACCUGGCCGGGAAGGUUGGUAAGGGCCCAGAUGGCAGCGGCUCUAUAUACACGAGGCUGUUCGAGGCAGAGCAGCCUGUCAUCCACGAGCUGAGCAGGACAACGGCGGGCGGGACGACCUCGAGCCUGGUGGUGAGCCCGGACCCGCCGCAGGACCCCUACGAUGCCGUCGCGGCCGACAGGGUGUUCGCGUGGCUGAACUCUCAAGGCGUCUUCCAUGGAAAGCUGCUCCUGAGCUCCCCGCAGGGGGGUGCUGAUUUAGGCGCCAAGGUCUUUGCGGAAUCCAAGCUUUUGCCCAAGGCACAGCUCGCGGCUAGUUCGAACUCAGACAUCAGGAGGAGGAGCACGGUGGACAACAUCGAGACCAUUGCACUGACGCAGUGGCAUGUUAUCAGCCUGAUUGGCAGCCGGGUAGUUGCUGCGAACCGGCUUACUGGAAAUGUGGUUUAUGACCAAGUCGUUCUGGACCCAGGGCAAAGGGCUGUCGGCCUGUGUGCUGAUAUGCAGAAGAACACGUUCUUCCUGUUCUCAGCCCAGGAAAUUUUUGAAAUCGUUGUGAGGGAGGAGGACCGCGACAUCUGGAAAAUUAUGCUCGACCUGCAGCAGUUCGAUGCCGCGCUGCAGUACGCGCACUCCCCAGCGCAAAAAGACGCUGUGGCCAAGGCCUCUGGCGACUACCUCAUCAGCAAGGGGCUGUAUAGCGAUGCCGCCGGUGUCUACGGCAAGAGCACCAAGCCAUUUGAAGAGGUGGCCCUCACAUUUUUGGACAACAAUGAGCACGACGCCCUACGAAAAUACCUUCUCACUAAGCUCGGCACAUUUAAGAAAUCGGCAGUAAUGCAGCGGGUCAUGAUCGCGACCUGGCUGGUUGAGAUAUUCAUGGCGAAGCUGAACACACUUGACGACACCAUCAUAACCAAGGCAGAACUCGCGGAAAAUCUAAAUACUACCCAGUCGGAAGAACAGCUUGACUCAGUCCGAAGCGAAUACCAGGAAUUCGUCAAUAGACACAAGACGGAUUUGGACAAGAAGACAGUUUACGAGAUUGUCAGCAGCCAUGGCAGAGAGGACGAACUGUUGUUUUUUGCGAACGCCGUCAACGAUUACAACUACGUCUUAUCCUACUGGGUCCAACGAGAAAGGUGGCCGGAGACGCUCACCGUCCUUAAGAGACAAACGGACCCGACCGUCUUCUACCGCUUUAGCAGCGUGCUAAUGACACACACUGCACAAGAUUUGGUUGAUAUUUUAAUGCGGCAUUCAGACUUGAAGCCUCGAAACUUAAUACCAGCGCUCCUCGAAUACGACCGGACCUUUAAGGGGCCCUUGUCCCAGAACCAAGCAGUGCGAUACCUCCUUUAUGUGGUGAACCAACUCAACUCGGUCGACUCAGCUGUUCACAAUACCCUUGUUUCUAUCUACGCCUCACAUUCGUCUAAGGACGAAAGUGCACUCCUCGCCUACCUCGAAUCCCAGGGUGAUGAGCCGCACUUCGACCGGGAUUUCGCGCUGCGGCUGUGCAUCCAGCACCGGCGGGUGCUAUCAUGCGUCCACAUCUACACAAACAUGGGGCAAUACCUGCAGGCUGUGGAGCUUGCGCUGUCGCACGAUGAGAUCGAGCUGGCGAGCCUGAUCGCGGACCGACCGAUGAGCAACCCGCAGCUGCGCAAGAGGCUGUGGCUAGCGGUGGCCAAGAAAGUGAUCAGCCAGUCGAACGGGAUCAAGGGGGCGAUCGAAUUCCUGAGGAAGUGCAACGACCUGCUCAAGAUUGAGGACUUGAUCCCGUUCUUCCCGGACUUUGUGGUGAUCGACGACUUCAAAGAGGAGAUCUGCGCGGCGCUGGAGGACUAUUCGCGCAACAUCGACGGGCUCAAGCGCGAGAUGGACGAGUCGUCGCACACGGCGGCGAACAUCAAGCUCGACAUCGCGGGGCUGGACCACCGCUACGCCAUCGUCGAGCCCGGCGAGAAGUGCUACACAUGCGGCCUGCCCUUGCUCAGCCGGCAGUUCUUUGUCUUCCCCUGCCAGCACGCAUUCCACUCCGACUGCCUCGGCAAGGAGGUCAUCAAGCAGGCCGGCGUGGGCAGGGGCCGCAGGAUCAGGGAGUGCCAGCUGCAGAUUACUAGAGGUAUGGUGCAGGGCGAGCGCAGGGAGCAAGUCAUUCAGGAGCUGGACGGGCUGAUUGCCUCGGCCUGCAUUCUUUGCAGUGAGUUUGCCAUCAAGAGGAUCGAUGAGCCGUUUGUCAAGACGGACGAGGACUUGGCCGAAUGGGCGCUUUGA